AUGCGAAAGGUCAUUGGAGAGAUGAUCAACGCUGAUCCUGCGAUGGAGGUUGUCGGGAUCGCACGCGAUGGUGCCGAGGGGGUUACCAAAGCAGAGCAGCUCAAGCCUGACCUCAUCACACUCGAUAUCGAGAUGCCUCGAUUGAACGGCAUCGAUGCACUCAAACAGAUUAUGAAGAUCUGCAAAGAGAAUCCGCCUGCGGUUUUGAUGUGCUCUUCACUCACUGUUGAUGGCAGCACAGAAGCACUCAAGGCGCUCAAGCUCGGUGCUUCGGACUUCAUUGCCAAAGACCCACAGGUGGUUGGCCGUCAUGAUAAGCAGUUCAAUACCCAACUCCUCGAAAAACUCAAAGCGAUCGGGACGCAUCGCAAGAAUCUUCACGCCACCAGAUCGAAUGACAGCAGUUCCGCGGCGUCUGCGAAUCAGGAAACAGAUUCACACAGUAUCUCAGGGGUGUGCACCAAGUUCGAUGAUUGGGUGAUGCCUGAGGGAAUCAAGGUGAUUGUUAUUGGAUCAUCCACUGGCGGACCACCGGUACUCGAAGAUCUGUUCGACCAACUCCCAUCGACGCUGCCAGUCCCAAUCAUCGUUGCUCAGCACAUGCCGGAACUCUUUACACGAUCGCUCGCGAAUCGGAUCGAUGCACAGAGUGGAUGUGGUGCUACCCUCGCUGAGCAUGGGACAGCGAUGAUCGAACCUCGGAUCUAUAUCGCGCAAGGCGGGAAGCAUCUCAAACCAACGAUGGUCGCCGGCAAGAAGCUCAUCGCUCGCACGGUUGAUGAAUACCACAACGCGCUAUACAAGCCGUCUGUUGAUUUACUCUUUUCCAGUGCCGCGGAGUUCUAUGGAUCCGGCGUGCUCGCAAUUCAACUCACUGGUAUGGGCGAAGACGGCGCUGAGGGCGCACGCAAAAUCCGACAAGCCGGCGGACAUGUAAUCGCACAAGACCAACGCAGUUGUGUUGUCUACGGCAUGCCUCGCGCAGUGGUUGAGGAUGGAUCCGCAAACACAAUUCUGUGUCCGAAAGACAUCAAAUCUGACCCUGACAUGAAUGAUCAAACAUCAACAAACUCCGUCGACCCCUCACUCGGGAAUGAACUGAUCCGUCUAGUGAGUUUCAAAGUGGGAUCGGAGCAGUUCGCUGUAGACAUCCUUCGUGUUCAAGAAAUCAAUCGGAUGAUGGAUUUGACGCAGGUGCCCCAAUGUCCGGAAGGUGUCCGAGGCGUGAUCAACCUUCGCGGACGGAUCGUUCCGGUUUUGGAUCUGCGAACACGACUGGGAAUCGAUGCAUCGGAAGAGAGCGAGUCAUCACGGAUCGUCGUUGUCGAGGUCCAAGGUUCAACCGUGGGGUUCAUCGUUGAUGCGGUGCAUCAAGUUCUUCAGAUCGAUCCACGCAUCAUCGAGCCGACUCCUCAGAUCACAAGCGGACAGAACACAAGCUACAUCCAAGGCGUCGCGAAACUCGAUGAGACCCUCAUGAUCCUGCUUGAUCUUGACAAGAAACAAAUGACCAUCACAUCGAACAAAAUCGCUAUGUCCACCGAGCAGUUCACAACACUCUCGAAGAUCAUUUACGACCGCUCAGGGAUCCAUUUCCCAGAAUCCAAGCAAUACAUCCUCGAAUCUAGACUUUCGCACAGACUCCGCGAACUGGAGAUGGAUGACUUCGAUCAAUACCUCGCGUAUCUGACCAUGGGACCCUACCAGAUGGACGAGUUCCAGGAGAUGUUCAAUCGGAUCACAAUCAACGAGACUAGUUUUUUCCGCAACGACGCGCAGCUCUCUGUGUUUGAACAUCAGAUUCUACCUGAGUUGCUCGAAUCGCGUUCGAGCAACAAACGCCUCCGCAUCUGGUCCGCGGCAUGCUCGACCGGCGAGGAACCAUUCACACUCGCGAUGUUGAUCGAUCGCACACUCGGUGUUCGACAGAACGAUUGGCACAUCGAGAUCUUGGGUACUGACAUCUCCGAGAAAGCGCUCAAAGUCGCGCAAUCAGGAGUAUACAACAACUACGCGGUCCGCUCGACGCCUUCCUUGAUCAAGGAUCGCUACUUCACAGUUGAAGGGCGUGACUACAGACUCAAUGACAACAUCCGUCAGAUGGUCAACUUCGAGCGGCACAACCUGAAGGAUCGGAUGGCCGCGAAGCGUCACGGGACCUGGGACGUCAUCUUCUGCCGAAAUGUGUUGAUCUACUUUGAUGAUGAUAUGAAGAAGAAUGUCAUCUCGAUGUUCGCCAACCAACUUGCAAAGGACGGGACCUUGUUUAUUGGUCACUCCGAGCGCAUCAAAGACCUCACAAAGGACUUUGUUCAGCUCCCUAUCCCACAGGGAUUCUGCUACCAAAGACCUCAAUACCUCGAAAUGAAAGCGUAA